AACUACACCAACAUGAAAACUCAUAUUUUAUUGUUGCUAAUUUUUGCCAUAUUCAUUCAAAAUGGACAAACGGCGAAAAUCUUGGCCAGUGUUUACUCCCCUUCUUUAAGCCAUCAGUUAGCCUUCAGGCCCAUUUGGCAUGAAUUGGCCAGUAGAGGCCAUGAUAUAACUCUAAUUACCACAGAUCCCGAAGAAAAUGCUCCCUACAAGCAAAUUGAUACCAGCUAUUCCUACAAAAUCAUGGAGGAACUCGGGUUAGGUAGCAUCGUUUCUCAGCAAAACUCUUCAAAAACUAGCAGCUUCAACACCUACAUAAACGGGCUUCACAAAGUGUCGGACUAUCAGUUUGGCACGCCCGAAGUGGAAUUCCUCAUCAAUAACGAAAAAGAAAAGUUCGACUUGCUCAUGCUGGAAGUAAUUUACCCAGGUCACAUGGCCUUCGUGGACCGGUUCAAGGCCCCUUUCAUAGGUCUAGUCAGCCUUGACGCACCACCGGUGAUCCACAGAGCAGUGGGUAACCCAACCAAUCCGAUUCUAUAUCCUGAUACAGUGAUGCCAUUCACGAGCAACCUGACGUUCAAACAGCGCGUAGUCAGCUUUUUGGCCAACAUAGGCUUCUACGUUUUCUCCACCUACUUCUUCUACCCUAAUGAGGAUGCAAAUGUGGCCAAGCACUUUGAAGGUUAUACUAUAAGGCCUUUGAAUGACAUCCAGCACGAUAUGGAUAUGUUGUUUAUCAAUGUAAAUCCAGUUUUUCAUAAGUUGAGACCUCUGGGGCCUAACACAAUUCAAAUAGGCGGCGGCACUCAUUUGAAAGAAGCCAAACCAUUACCAAAAGAAUUGGAGGAGUACUUAAAUGGUAGCAAAAAUGGGGUAGUAUACUUUAGUUUGGGAACCAAUGUAAAAUCCAAUUUGCUGACCGACGAUUUGAAAGAAACAAUUAUUAAAACUCUGGGUGAAUUGCCUUAUGAUAUUCUCUGGAAAUAUGACGAAGACAUAACAGGUUUACCCAAGAAUAUUAAGGUAUCCAAGUGGAUACCUCAGCAAGAUCUUUUCAGACAUCCACAAGUUAAGCUCUUCAUAACGCAAUGUGGUUUGCAAUCGGUUGAAGAAGCCAUUUUGAUGAACGUACCGAUUGUUGGUAUGCCAUUUUUUGGAGACCAGCACAAAAACGCCCAGAUAGUUUUGGAAAAAGAAAUUGGUCUCGUGGUGGACAGAACUAAUGUGAAGAAGGAAGAAUUUAAGGAAAAAAUAAUUAAAGUCAUCGAAGAUCCAAAGUUCAAAAACAAUAUGAAGAUGAUUGCGAAAUUGAUGACGGAUGUGGAAAUGACGGGUCUGGAAAAAGCUGUCUGGUGGACCGAAUAUGUCAUAAGGCAUAAGGGCGCCAAACAUUUCAAAAGUUAUGGUACCACAGACCCCUUCUACACCUACUUUAUGUUGGAUGUUGUUUGUUUUGUGUUAUUGGUUUUGUUUAUAGUCUUCUACGUAAAUUGGAGAAUUUUAAAUUUUUUUGUUUGGUUAGUUUUUGGGCGCAAAAAGGCUGAUGUUAAGAAGAAAACUAACUAAAAGUAUUGUUUAAAAUAAAUUGUUUCUAAUACUCA